AUGAAUAUCAUCAGCUGGAACUGUAGAGGGUUGAGCUCAAAUUCCUCCCCUCUUCACUCUUUCAUCAAGAAUUUGACAACUAUCCUAGCUCUAGAUUUUAUUUUUCUGUCUGAAACAAAAUGCAAUGUAUCUCAGUUAAUUCCGUUUGUUAGUAGAUUAGGUUUUAAGCACUGCACGGGUAGCGAUGCUGAAGGUAGUAAGGGUGGCUUAUUUCUGUGUUGGUCUGAUAAGCUCAAAGCCCUUGUCCUUCACACUUCAAAAAAUGUAAUAGCUUGUAAUGUUGUCUUUCCUAAUGGUUAUGAAUGCCGAGUAGGCUUUGUGUAUGGGUCCCCGGAGUUAGAUUCUCGCAGCGUAGUGUGGACUGAAAUCCAAAACCUGAUGAGCACAAAUCUUGCAGAUUGGGUACUAAUAGGGGACUUCAAUCAAGUUGAUAGCAAACACCAAAAAUUAGGUGGCAACAGAAAACUAUUAGGAGCUCAAGAAUUUAUCAAUUGGAAACUGAAAAAUAACCUGCUUGAUAUUCCCUAUAAAUUAAAGGAGCCAACUUUACCUGGACAAACAAUAGACAAGGAAGGGAUCUAA